AUUUUGAAAAUCAAGUGACGUCACUUCCUGUACUUGAAUUUUCGUGGAGGACCUUUCAUAACAAACUUUCUGACAGCUUUAAAAGUCCGGUCGUGUCUCCUAGCGGACGUAGACGCGUUUAACUAAACAAAGGGCUUAAAUAUCGGGUGUUAAUCAGAGAAUCACUUCCGUUUGGGCAGAAAUACGCGAAGGUCACCAACUGAAAUGUCCACCCAAGUUCGACUGAGGCUGCUGCCAAGUGCCAGGUGCUUGUACGACGAGCCCAUUCAGGUCAAAGUGACAGGGUUGAGGUCAAGGCAGGAGGUCACCAUGAGAGCCAGAUCCACCGAUGAGAAGGGAGUGGUGUUCAGCUCCUCUGCCACCUACAGAGCUGAUGGGAACGGGGAGAUCGACCUGAACAGAGACCCCUCAACCGGUGGGAGCUUCCAUGGAGUUGAACCCAUGGGUCUGCUGUGGUCCAUGAAGCCACACAUGUUACACAAAAAGUUUCAAAAGUCAAAUUCUUUAAACCCACAUGUGGUGAAGUUCUCUGUUCAUGAAGAAGCAGACAGGAUGCUGGCGGAGGCAAUCAAUGAGAGGUUUCUGCUCGGAGAUGGAGUCAGCCGGGUUCCUGUCAGACAUGGGGGUAUUCGUGGAGCCCUGUUUUCUCCUCCAGGCACUGGUCCGUUUCCUGCUGUGCUGGACCUGUACACGUUCGGUGGAGGCCUGUCAGAGAGGAGAGCCGCUCUGCUGGCCAGUCGGGGAUUCCUGGUUCUGACGGUGGCUCUGUACGGCCACGAUGACCAGCCGCAGAAUGUCACAAAAGUCCAUCUGGAAUAUUUUGAAGAAGCAAUCGAUUUUCUAAGAAAAAAAGAGCAGGCAGGUGGCAAAGGAGUUGGUGUGAUUUCACUUUCUAAAAGUGGAGACCUUGCUCUGUCAGCAGCCUCUUACCUGCCAGGUAUUGAGGCUGCUGUUUGGAUCAAUGGUUGCUCUGCUAACGUAGCGUUGCCUCUCUACUAUAAGAAGACACUAAUCCAUCCUCCAUUAAUGUUUGACUCCAAGAAAAUAAUUCUCACUGACUCAGGGGCUGCCAUUUCCAAGUAUGCCAUGCACGAUCCUCGUAAAGAACAAUACAGGGCCACCCUGAUCCCGAUAGAGCAAGCCAGUUGUCGUUUACUCUUUGUGGCCUCAGAGGAUGACCUGAAUUGGGACAGCAAGGCCUACAUGGAGCAGCUGGUGGAGAGGCUGAAGCAUCAUGGGAAGGAGAACUUUGAAAGAGUGAGCUAUCCUGGAGCUGGACACUAUUUAGAGCCUCCUUAUGGACCGUUCUGCUCCUCCAGCCUUCAUGCGGUUGCUGGUAGACCAGUUAUGUGGGGGGGUGAGCCCAGGUCUCACGCUGCAGCUGAGAUCCAUGCAUGGAAGAAGAUCCAGGAGUUCUUUAAGACUCACUUGAGCUGUGAUGCUGCGAAGAGUACAUCCAAGUUAUAGAUUCAAGCUGGAUGGUUGAAAGUGUGAAGAACAAGUCACCUAAAAUAUGAUGAUUAUAGCAAAUACAGCCAGAAACUGGAUCCGUGAAACUAAACAUGUAGCGUAAAGAUUCUCUUGGUUCUUUUUAAGACUCCAGCAGCAGCAUUCUGAUUAAGCUGCACCUGCUUCACAUCUUUUUUUGGGAAGACCAGUCAAAAGACCACAGCAAUAGUCCAGCCUGCCCAGAUGAACGCAUGAAUGAGUUUCUCUAGGUCUUGUCUGGACAUGAGACCUCUGAGUCGUGCUCUUUGAUGAAAAUGAGAAAACACAGGUUCUUUCCUCUUGAAAGAAGGAUUUGAAGUUUGCUGAACUUACAGCCAUUUUCCCUCCGUUUUUCUCUGUGUCUGGUGGUGACACUGGUGGUCCUGUGGCCUCAUUUAUCAGCCAUACUUAAGAACGGAUCUGUGCAUAUAUUGUGAGUAGGAACUAUUUUACGCAUUGUGCGGUAUUAAUAAUUUAGUACCUGUACGUGAAAACGUUCCUAAACAUAAGUAAACUUCAGACCAUGUGUAGGAACAGCAUCUAGUGGUGGAACGGAGGAAAUGCAACACCGAAGGUCUCAGUCGUCCACACAUGUUCCUCAUGUUUACCCAAUAAAUAAAUAUCGGUGCUACAAUACCUGACGGGAAUCUGACAUUGUAGAAUAGGUGUUGAGUCUUCUGUAAUCACAGUUGUUACUCUUCCCAUUUUUAUGAUGUUUUUAACCAUUUUUAAUUCAUUAAUAUGAUUUUUAAUACAAUUUUAUUAUAUAAUAUUUUUGUCCUUGUGAAACUCCUCAUGAUUUUGCUUGAGAUGUGCUGGAUUAAAGAUAGUUUCUUCUUAUUA